GCCUCGCCUCGGACCCGGAGCCGGCCGCCCACUCGCAGCCAUGAAGUCGUCCGCGGCCUGGACGCGCUUCUACUCCAACAGCUGCUGCCUCUGCUGCCACGUCCGCACCGGCACCAUCCUGCUGGGCGCCUGGUACCUGAUCAUCAAUGCCGUGGUUCUGCUGAUCUUGCUGAGUGCUCUGGCUGACCCCGAGCAGUAUCGCUUUUCAGAUUCCGAACUUGGACGGGACUUUGAGUUCAUGGAUGAUGCCAACAUGUGCAUCGCGAUCGCCAUUUCUGUCCUCAUGAUCCUGAUCUGCGCCAUGGCCACAUAUGGAGCGUACAAGCAACGCGCUUCCUGGAUCAUCCCAUUCUUCUGUUACCAGAUCUUUGACUUUGCCCUGAAUUCCCUGGUGGCAAUCACAGUGCUGGUGUACCCCAGCUCCAUUCAGGAGUACCUACGGCAGCUGCCUCCCAACUUUCCCUACAAAGAUGAUAUCAUGUCAGUGAAUCCAGCCUGCUUGGUCUUUAUUAUUCUCCUGCUUAUCAGCAUCAUCUUGACUUUUAAGGUUUACCUCAUCAGCUGUGUCUGGAACUGUUACCGGUACAUCAACGGGAGGAACAACUCCGACGUCCUGGUGUAUGUGACCAGCAAUGACACGACGGUGCUGCUGCCCCCCUACGAAGAUGCCAGCGUCAGUGGUGCUGCCAAGGACCCGCUGCCGCCAACCUACCUCUCUGCUUGAGCUUGCCCCGUAGCGGCUCUGGACCUUCCAGUGCUCUUGAAGGACCUGG